UCUCAACCUCAUCCUCUCCAACGUUUCUUUCUCCUCACUGUAAACCCCUUUUUCCUCUCUCUCUCUCUCUCUCUCUGUAUUCUGUCCCCUUUCUCUCUCCCGUUCUGAUUUCUCUUUUUCUGUUACUUUUGUUUGGGUGUUCGUUGUUUUAUUCUUUAAUUUGAUCGUUUUCGUUUUAACUCUUUUUAACCCCAUGUGGGUUUGGUUUGGUGGGUUUGUUGUUGCCACUGAGAGCAAUUUAAGAGGAAGAAUUUAUUGAAGAAACUCCUCGCGCUCCCUUUUUUACCACAAGCACAUUAGUUUUUUCUUCUUUUCUCUUUUUGUACAGAGAAAAUUUUCAUUCUAAACGGCACUGAAGAAAUGACUAAAGAUGAAGACUUUAAGUUCCUCAAGAUCCAGACUUGUGUUCUUAAAGUAAACAUACAUUGUGAUGGAUGUAAGCAGGAAGUAAAGAAACUUCUUCAGAGAAUCGAAGGUGUAUACACAGUAAAUAUAGAUGCAGAGCAACAGAAGGUCACAGUUUCAGGAAGUGUAGAUUCUGGAACUUUGAUUAAGAAGUUGGUCAAAUACGGUAAACAUGCAGAGCUUUGGUCUGCAAAAUCUAAUCAAAACCAAAAACAACAGCUGCAACAGUCUCGUGGAGCCAAAGAUAACAAAAACAACAAGGACCAAAAGCAAGGUGCGAUCAAGGGUUUCCAGGCCUUCAAAAAUCAGCCGAAGUUCCCAACAUUCAGUCCAGAAGAGGAUGAAUUUGACUGCUCCGAUGAUGAUGAAGAUGAAGAUGAAGAUGACUUACAGUUCCUCCGAGAUAAGAUGGGCCAUCUGGCUAUGCUCAGGCAGCAAGCGAAUGAGGCCAACAGUGCCAAGAAGGGUGGUGCUGGUGCUGUUCACAUCCCCGCAAGCAGCAAUGGCAAGGUGAACAAUGCUGGAAAUGGGAGUGCCAGCAAGAAAGGUGGGGCUGGGGGUGUAGGAAACUUUAACCAGAAUAUGGGUUUGAAAGCUGCAUCUAUUGGGAUAGAUCAGAGGAACAUGGCUGCUACAAAGAUGGGCAAUGCCCAUUUAGGUGGAGGAAAUAUCAAUUCUGGCAAGGCAAACGACAUCAACCCCAUGUUGAACCUAGCAGGAUUUCAUGGCCAUGGUGCUGAUGGUGGUGGCCUUGGAGGCAAUGGAGUAGGGAUUCAAGCGCAAACUAACAAUAGGUUUCAGGGGUCUUCUGCAGGGUUCCCAGCUGCUGCUGGCGGGUUUGCAGCAGGUGGACACCAACCACCACCCAUGAUGAUGCCCACCAUGCAAGGAUACCAACACCCCUCUUCUUCAGUCAUGAACUUGCAGAACAGGCAUAACGUGAACAACAUGAUGAUGAUGAAUGAUACCAGGUACAUGCAACCCCAGAUGAUGUAUUAUAGGUCCCCCAUCAUCCCUCCCAACACUGGCUAUUAUUAUAAUUAUAACUAUAAUUCUGCUCCAUACCCCAGCGUUUACCCUGAAAACAGGGCUGAUCAUUCAGCAGCUUAUAUGUUCAGUGAUGAAAACACUAACGGCUGUUCAAUCAUGUAAAGAGAAACAGAAGUGGGUUUAUGGGCAACAGGUAGAGACAGUACUGUCUUCUAAUGGGUGGCGGGGUAGAUGAGAUGUCUCUGAUAUUUGCUGAGUGAUGAAUCUUUCUUGGUUUUAUGGGGGUUGUUAAAAGGAUGUUCUUAAUUUCUCUCUUCAAUUUUGUUUUCUGUGUUCCCUUUGUUCUUUAUUCUGAACUUGUAUGUUUGUGUGGA